AUGAGUGUUUUAGACAACUAUAAGCUGAGCAGAGGGAUCAACAACGCAAACCCGGGAGUGAUGGCGUGCAGACUAUGGCAGGAAUCCCAAGGACUGCCAGACGAGGUAUCAAAGGCAAUCGUAGGACUGCUGAAGCUGCAAGGAAUACCCACCAAUGUAACAUAUAAAAUACUGUUUGAAAAUUACCUGUCUAACCACCUCUCGACACUGAUGAAGAGGUACGCAGGGUCGCAGAACAAGCUGGCGAUGCUGGUGGAGAGAAUGAUAUUGAUGUUCCAGGUGACACAGAUACAGCCGCUGAUCGUUAACAUACUGGACUUGCUGGUCGACAUACCGGAGUCGGCGAUGUCGAAGAUACUGGACGACACGUCGUCGUCGCACAACUUCUACAAGAUAUGCACGCCGAACAUAAAGAGGAAGAUAUGGGUGGCGUCGCCGGAGAGGUUCUAUGAAACGGUCAUCAACUUAAUUUUCAAGGCGCUGUUCCUGCUGAGGCUAGGAAUAAUCGACGAGGAGAUGAAAAAGUCGACGGGAUACGAGAACAGGAACGAAUAUAACAUGAUCAUAGCGCAGAUACUGCAGCUGAUCGGGGACCCUCAGAACGAGUGCAGUAGAAUACUGUACUGCCAAGUGGUGAAGAUGCUGAAGCUGCUAUUCAUAAGGAGCUCAGUGCAGUACAAGACUAACCUGAACAGACCAGGAAAGACGCAGAGCUCAAGCAGAUCAGAAAAGGGAGACUCGGCAAAUCAGGUCAGCAUUAGUAAGAUCGUGGAGUGCAACCUGUGCUUUAAGACGGAGCAGUUCUCGAAGAUGAAAACCGAGAACCUGGACUUCAAGUACAACAAAAUAUCAUGCGAGGACCUGUGCAACCUGUACAUAAAAUACACGGACAAGACGAUGGGACUCUGCUACUCGUGCGCACCCACGGAGGCGGAGAGCACGAGCACGACGCAGAGCCCGGAGGAGUCGACGAAGGCGAAGAGACACAAGCCGGACAACCAGCAGCUGAGCGUGAACGUAGACGAGGACAUAGUGUACCUGGACAGAGGAGAGGCGUUCUUCAGCACAAUCAGGUACUCGAUAGCAAUCAAGUGCCAGGAGAUGUACAAAAUAACGAACGAGGACAUGAAGCUGAUAGAGCCGAAUUUUAACCUGCUGCAGCUGAUAAACAAGGUACACAACUCAGUCGAGAACAAUCUCCCGACGAAUGAGCUGAUGAACAUAAUAAAUAAGAAGAACGCGCAAAACUCAAUAAACGUAAAGGACGACAUGGACCUGUUCAACAUCUCGUUCAUACUGUGUAAUCCGAUACUGUACGACAAGAUCAUAUCAUACUACGUGUACCACCUGUUCAACAUGGACGUCAUACUGCUGACGUCGAACCUGGACAUAAGCUACUGGCUCUCGCUGAUAACGCUGGGCCUGUCGUGCACGUACAUCAGCAUCGUCAAGUUCAUACUGGACUCGGAGAGACAAGAGGAGGACAAGCAAGAGCCUACGACCAUGGGAAAGAAGCACGUGUCGUACUUUAAGCCGUACGUUAACAUGUGUAAGCCAGUCUCGCUGAAGAAGGUGCUCUCAUACAUAUACCCAAUGGACAAGCGCACGAGUCUGGCAACGUCACAGCUGCCGCCGUUCUUCGCCAAUUUCAUCUCACCCACACUGAUAUCGCACGAGUCAGGGAAGGAAGGAGCGUUCAAGAGGCUGAGUGAAUUCGACGUGGAGGGAGAGCCUUACAAGGUGCCGGCAGAUGACCCGGACAUGACCUUCCACAGCCUGCUCAUACUGUACCUGCCGAAGCUGGACACGCACCUGCUGAGCAACUUCAAAAACGGAUGCAGAAACUUUGUAAACCUAUUCCAGAACACGUCGGAAGAUAAUGGACAGGAAGAAAGAGGAGUCGCGGCACCGACGAGUGGGAGGGAGGUGGACUUCUCAAGUGAGGAGACUUCGAGGCUGAUAUCGAAGAUGCUCCUGCCCUUCGAGCACUCGAAGUUCAACUCUAACACGCACGUAGACCACCUGAUGUCGAUCCUGCAAAGGCAGUUCUCGACGGUGAAAAGGUCGAAGCCGUCGACAAUAGGACAGCUCAACUUCACGCUCCUGUACAUAGUGAUGAAGAAGUUAUCUGGGCUAAGUCCCACAACGAUGAACAUUUUAUCGUCAACGUCAAACAUAACGAAACUACUAUUUAAAAUGAUAACACUUGAAAUGGUGAAAACAUGUAUAAAAAACAAACCGAGUCAUUUGGAGCAGAAUUACGACAAUCUGCUCAAGUACAUAUCGUCGAAGAUGUUUAACAAGGAGACUGUGGUCAAUUUUAAGAGUCCAACGGACUACCUGUACCUGAGGUUGCUGAGGACAAUAAUGUUUUCAAAUUCAGAUAAGUCGACCAAGGAGGUGGUGUUCAAAUUCGUGGAAAACGUGUCCAACUACAGCGUAGCAACGUCAUUCAUACUGCUCUUUUACUUCAAGAAAUACGGGAGUGACAAGAAUACUAGUCAAACACUGGAACGACUGUCUAGGAACUGCCAUCGCAUACUGUACGACAAGGAGAACAAAAACAAUUUGAGUUACCAGUAUAGAAAGUGGAUUUCGCUGUUUGACGAGGUGAAACAGGCGCUCGAGUGA